AUGGAUCAUAUCUUCAACAAGGUUGGUUCCUACUGGUUAGGUCAGAAGGCCAACAAGCAAUUUGACUCCGUCGGUAACGACAUCAACUCUAUGUCAGCGAGCAUCGAAGGAGGAACAAAAUGGUUGGUCAACAAAUUUAAAGGAACAAUGCAGAAACCUUUGCCCGAGUUACUUAAGGAGUUUGAUUUGCCAGUGGGGGUCUUCCCACGCGAUGCUACAAACUAUGAGUUUGAUGAACAGACAAAGAAAUUAACAGUGAUGAUUCCAUCGGUCUGCGAAGUCGGCUACAAAGACUCAUCUGUCUUGAAAUUCACCACAACAGUAACAGGGUAUCUCGGGAAAGGAAAGCUAUCUGAUGUGGAAGGAAUCAAGACAAAAGUUAUGAUAUGGGUUAAAGUCACAAGCAUCUCUGCAGAUUCAUCAAAGGUCUAUUUAACUGCCGGAAUGAAGAAAAGCAGAAGCAGAGAUGCUUAUGAGGUUCUAAGAGAUGGCGUACGAGCCGAUAAAUUCUAA